GAGUGAUGAAACUUAAUUCUGACUACCUGAGCUUCAGCACAAUUUUUUGCUGGAUUUUAAGCGAAACUAAAACACUGGAACUAUACCUGAAACAAGUUUUUAAACAAUCCGCUAACAAACCUGCAAGAAAAGACUUUUUGAACGUCAAUUUUAGGUUUUUGUCGAUGAUCGGGACAUAGCAUCUGGUCAAAUGGCAUCCUUGGAAUGUAAUUUGCAUAGACACCACACCACACCACAGCACCACUUCACCCUUGACCUCUUUUGUCCCUUCUCAACCCCUCUUCCAAAUCGCAGGUCGCAAACGUCCACAGUCAUGUACUCUCCUCACAAUUUAAAAGUUAGAUGUUAUUUAGAAGUCGGUUUCUAGAUUGGUGUGGGUCUACGCUGUCUAUGCAAAUUACAUUUCAAGUACAGUAAAACCUGUCCAGUAAGACCACUUAAUCCACUGACUGACAAAAUCAUUUCAAAUCGAUUUCUGGUUCAUGACUGCUAGUGAUCUCUAAAAGUGACCUCCCUGCUAAAAGUUACCUCCCAUACGUAUUAAAGUGACCUCCCUCUCUAAAGGUCACACGUGACCCUGAGCAUGCUCGCGUCCUCAAGUCACCUUUGAGCCCUGCCUUUGAGUCAAGAUGGCGAGUAAACAAGCUAGGAUUGAGCUCUCACUGAAAAAAAAGGUUGAAGUUUUGAAGCUAGCAGCUGGUGGCGCGAGUCAACGAAAGCUUGCUGAUCAGUUUAAAGUUAGUAAGACUCAAAUAUCGAACAUCAUUAAGAAAAAAAAUGCAAUUGAAGAGGCAUUUGAGCAGAAUUCAAACUCUGAGAAAAGACGCUUCGUAUCUGCACCUAAUGACCGCAUCAAUGACGCUAUAUGGGAAUGGUUUACUAGAUGUCAGGCAAUGAACAUCCCGGUUGCAAGCCCAAUGAUACAAGCAAGAGCCCUGAAAUAUGCUGAAAUGUUUGGAAUCGGUGACUUUAAAGCAUCCAAUGGAUGGCUGGAAUCAUUUAAGCGUCGCAAAAACAUUCACUGUAGUGUUUUAUCGGGAGAAAGCAGCAGUGUUCCUACCGAGACAGUCGAUGAGUGGCAGUCAAGACUUGAAGCUUUGUGCGAGGGAUACCGUGCAGCAGACAUUUUUAACAUGGAUGAAACAGGGAUGUUCUAUCGCGCACUACCAGAUCGAUCUCUUGUUGUUCGUGGCGCUGACUGUCAUGGUGGUAAACACUUAAAAGAGCGACUGACAGCUGUAUUAACGUACAAUAUGACAGGAGAAUUCACAAAGACUUGGAUUAUAGGAAAGUCUGAAAAUCCUAGAUGUUUCAAGAAUCUUGAUAAAAACUCACUCCCUGUGGUAUACAAGUACAAUGGAAAAGCUUGGAUGACAUCCCCUCUUUAUACUGAGUACAUUCUUGAUUUAGAUCGACAGAUGAGGUUACAAAAUAGGAAGAUUCUGUUGUUUGAGGACAAUGCUCCAUCACAUGUGAAGGAUAUAGAAUUGACAAACAUCAAAGUUGUAUUUUAUCCUCCCAACACAUCAGGGAAUUAUCAAGAACUUGAAAGCAUUCUAUCGCAAGAAAUUGCUAGAAAAAGUUGUCUCAGCUAUCAAUGAAGCUGAAUUUCCUGAUGCCUGCUCUGUUGCUCGUAAGGUAGAUAUGCUUGAUUGCUGCAUGUGGAUUGCUUGGGCUGUACGUCAAAUAAAGCCUGAGACAGUUACCAACUGUUUUACACACGCAGGGUGGUCCAAGAUGCUCAAAAUGCUGCCGAACCCGAUCUUCAACACUUAAUUGAAACAGUUGCAACUGGCUUGAACAUAACUGGGCCAUUAACUGAUGACGAUUUUGUUCACCAUGAUGGCCAGGUGCCAACUGAGGACGAUCAUAAUGAAAACUGGGUACCUGAGGUUAUUCAGGAACAUGUUUUGCGUAAAGACAGUGUAUCAGAAACCGCAGAUGAUGACGAGGAGUGUAAUGAAACCAGCGAUGGCAGUGGGUCACUUGAACCUAUGUCAGUGAUUAAAGACACAAAAACUGCACUAUAUUGGGCCCAGCAGUUAAAACUGUUUUCUCUAGAGAAGAAUAUGACUGGAAUCUUUCCCAUAUCUUCUGAACUUGAGGACAAUUUAACAUCUGAAUUAGUGAAAGCGAAAUUUGUCAAGCAGAAGAACAUUACUGAUUUUUUCAAAUCAACAGUACAUGUAGAUAAAACCUCAGCGAGUACAGCUGUAAGCUCCUGCAGUGUGGGUGAUGUUUUUUCGUCCACAGAAAAUGGAGUGUGAACCCCCUUUAGAUCCACCCAUGAAAGCAGCAAGUAUUGCUUCUAGUAUGACUAGAGCUGAAGCAGAUGUACAUGUAAAUCCUCUAGAUCCGCCCAUCAAACCACCGAAUGUUACAUCUAGUUUCAGUAUGAUCAGUAUCAUCUAGUUUCAGAGGCUGCGACAGGGUAAAUCAUACCCUGUUCUAGAAAAGUAUGCCUAAAUAUGAUUUCACAGGUUGUCCAUGUCUAACUUUAAGAUCGAAAUAAACCUUGAAUAUGCAAUUACA